AGUCCACUGUGAUCCACAUCCACAAUAGUCCAACCAACCGAAAGCCAUGACCAGCAGUAACGACGUUCUGGCACUGCUCCAGCGACCCCUGGAGCCCACCUUCUACCCCAAGGAUGACGGAAAAACGGUGCUGGAGCUGCCGGAUAGCUACCUCACCGAUCGCUACCGUCCGAUUGGCCAGGAGCUGCAGAGUCGCUUCGGAGACAACGUGGACGUGAAGAUUCCGGUGCGGGACGUUCGUCAACCGGAUAUCGGAUUUGCUCUCGCCAUACCUCGGAGGGCGGCCUUCUCGCUGUUCAUCCAGAGGCACCGGGAGAUCGCUUCCAGGUUGAUCGAUAUCUUCCUGAAGCUACCGGACAUUUCAACCCUGAUCGGCGUAGGAUCGUACGUUCGGGAUCGAGUGAACGUGUAUCUGUUCCAGUAUGCCUUCACGGUGGCCGUACAGCAUCGUCCGGACACAACCAACGUGAAUCUACCAUCGAUUUUGCAACUGUUCCCGGAUCAGUUCGUUGAUCCGUCGGUGUUUCCGAAGCUUCGUGAAGAAGGUAAGGUUGUAAUGCAGAAGGACCGUCAAGUGAUCGAUAUUCCGAUGAAUUUCACCGCUUCGGAUCGCGAGGAUGAACAGCGGUUGGCGUACUUCCGGGAGGACAUCGGCGUCAACAUGCACCACUGGCACUGGCAUUUGGUUUAUCCGACCUCUGGUCCCGUCGAGGUGAUCGACAAGGAUCGACGUGGAGAGUUGUUCUUCUACAUGCACCAGCAGAUCAUCCAUCGGUAUAACGUGGAACGAUUCUGCAACUUGCUUGGGCGAACGAAGAGCAUGCACAACUUCCGAGAGCCUAUACCGGAAGCAUACUUUCCGAAAAUGGUGCGAUCGGCGGAUGCUAGACCGUUCGCUGCUAGACCGCAGAACUUCACGUUGAAGGAUAUUGAUCGAGACGCCGAAGGGUUCAAGUUUACGAUCACAGAAAUGGAGCAGGCACGGGAUAGGAUUUAUGCUGCCAUUGAUGCAGGAUUUGUUGAAGAUAAAUCUGGAAAAAGGAUUCCACUAGACCCUAAGAAGGGCAUUGACAUUCUGUCUAAUUUGGUGGAGGCUUCCGAUCUAUCCAUAAACCCUCAACUGUACGGAAAUCUGCACAUCUGGGGUCACCUUGCGUUGUCGUUCUGCCAUGACCCCGAUAAUCGCUACCUGGAACAGUUCGGAAUUAUGGGAGACUUAGCUACAGCGCAACGUGAUCCCACGUUCUACCGUUGGCAUUCCUUCGUCGACGAUGUUCUGGUUCGUCACAAAGACCAUCUCGAUCCAUACACAGCUCAGGAGCUCUCUUUCCCGGGCAUCACAGUAUCCGGUCUCAACGUCACAAUAACGCGCAAGAAUGCUCCGCCAAACGUUCUGUUGACAUACUGGCAGAAAUCGCAGGUUGAUUUGGCUGCCGGACUAGAUUUUGGGCCGGGAGGAAACGUAUUUGCGUCCUUCACCCAUCUCCAGCACGCACCGUUCGUGUACAACAUCGAUGUCAACAACAGCACCUCGCGACCCGCCCGUGGAACCGUUCGGAUCUUCAUCGCACCGAAGGCUGACGAUCGUAACUUGGCGCUGAAGUACGACGAGUGGAGACGAUACGUCAUCGAGCUGGACAAGUUUGCCGUUUCUUUAAACCCCGGCUUAAACAAGCUAACCCGUCGAUCGGACCAAUCCACCGUAACGGUUGCGUACAACCGUACCUUCCGACAGAUCAAAACCGCGCAGGACAUCCCGAACAAGGACGAUCUGGAACGGUUCCGCUUCUGCGGCUGUGGAUGGCCGGACCAUAUGCUGCUGCCCAAAGGAAACACCCAAGGCAUGGCUUUUGAUCUGUUUGUGAUGGUUUCCGACUACGCCGGCGAUAGCAUUGGGCUGGAGUUUGACGAAGCCGUCAACUGCAACGAUUCGCACUCGUUCUGUGGGCUGCGGGAUAAGAUGUACCCGGACAACCGCUCCAUGGGAUAUCCGUUCGAUCGCAAGUCGCCGGCGUCGGUGCAAACACUGCAGGACUACCUGGGCCCGAACUCCAACAUGCGCGCCACGGAUGUGAAGAUCAAGUUUACCAAUACCGUGAUUGCGAGAACUUGAGUUGAGGAGAUUUUGGUGUAGUAGAGAAGUGGUAAUAAAGAUCUUUAGUAUGCAAAUUUU